GGACAAUGCAACUCUUAAAACCCCAUAUACUCGUCGAUCCCGCCGGCGUUUCUUGCCUUUGAGUCUCUCUUUCAGGCUUCGGCGAAUUGCUUUCAGCCCCAUUAUUUCCCUUCCUUUCCGUGCCCGUCUCGGUCUCGAGACUUUGAGCUGGCCUCGCCGAUAGCUGUGCUAUCCGUUUCUUUUCUAUUUCUUGAAGAAGAGUCAGAGGGCGCGUUUGAAGUAUACGAGGAAGAGAGUCGUACAAAAAGAGAAGAAGAAAAAAGGGGAACAAGACUUCGCGAGAUACGAUCAAGAUGAGAUUCACUUGGUGGACUUUGGCCUCGGCCGCCGUUGUGUUGGCGGCGCCGGCUCCCCAGGGCCCGGGACAAACGCCAACUCCCACGAGCAGCGGAACACCGACAACGCCCAGCGCUCCCAAUGGAACGGUUCCUAGCGGCAACAGUCAAGCGUGCGCUCAGAUUCAGCCUAAGGUCCAACAAUUCCUCAUGGCGAGCCCGAAAGCAACACCCCAAGUCCCGGCUCAAUUGGCCUUUGACUGCCUCCAGACGGUGCCGAACAAGAAAGGCCCCGCCAAGGACCUCAUCAAGAGUUUGAAGGCCUAUAUCCAAUGGCAGUCUACGCUGUCAUGGCUCAAGAACCCGCCGGCGUCGUACAUGCUGCCGCCUACCGAUAUCGAGGGUGGUCUUGACGAGAUUGAGAAGAAGUCGGAGGCCGGCUCGUACAAGAGCGAGUACGAGUUCCAGCUUGCUGUUUUCCAGCUGAUUGCUUCGGCUCACGACGGUCACUUUGCCUUCCGCGGUGACGUGUUCAAGGGCUUCAGCUUCCGUAACAAUCUCGCUGCCGAUAUUGUGUCGGUCUCGCGUGAUGGUGUUGAAGUGCCCAAGCUGUACCAUCUUGCCCAGCUUGACGGUAACUCAAGCGCCCCCGCCAUUGUCAGGAUCAACGGCAGAGAUGCCGCCACCAUGAUCUCGGACCUAAACCUCAAGUUCAGCGGCUACCAGGACCCCGACUCGCAAUGGAACGCCAACUUCAAGUCGUACGCCUCAAAGGAAAGUUUCAUCGUUGUCGCCGCCUCCCUCGCCUUCCAGGGCCCCAAGGUGACAAUCACCUACGACAACGGCGAGGAGCGCUCCGAGGACAGCUUCGCCCUCAUCCGCACCGGCGCAAACUUCACCGGCGUCAACAGCGGCGAGGACUACUACAACAAGUUCUGCAAUCCCGACACGCCCGCCAAGCCUCAGCCGUCGCAGCCUGGCAUGAAGCCCAACCAGACGAUGCCGACCCCGCCCAAGACUUCUGGCCCGCCGCCGCCGCCUAAGCCGACGAUCGAGGGGUAUCCCUUCCCGAUUGUCCGUGACAGCGGUGCUAACACCACUUCUGGUUACUUCCUCAAUGGAACUGGGUACGAGGACGUUGCUGUGCUUGCUGUCUCGUCUUUCGCUCCUCCUGAUUCCAUCGACGCCAGUGAGUACUUGACCAACUUCCAAAACACCGUCGCCACGUUCUUGAAGAAGAGCAAGGAUGCCGGAAAGAAGCGCCUCGUCAUUGAUGUUGCUGCCAACGGCGGUGGUUUUGUCGUUGCUGGAUACGAACUAUUCGCCCAGCUGUUCCCUGAGGUCAACCGCUUCCAGGCCAAUAACCUCCGUCUGUCCGAAGGCCUUACCAACCUCGCUCGUCUCUCCGCUGCCAUCCCUGCUAACUUCACGGCCACCACGCCCGAGGAGAAGGACGCCAUUGAAGCCCUGAGCGGCAGCUCCAUCGUCAGCAACCUGCUGCCCGGAGGUGUAUACACCCCCGAUGAAGCCGCCUUCACGACCGUCGACCAGAUUCUGGCCCCUGUCUCACUCAAUGGAGACACCUUCACCGCAUACCAGCAGGCUCCUCUCAACCAGACCGACCCGACCUUCAACCUUACUGGUGUCGGCAGCAAAGCCAACCCGCCCCCCCGUGUCUUUGACCCGGAGAACGUGGUCCUCUUCACCGACGGCACCUGUGGUUCAACCUGCACUAUCUUCUCCUACCUGAUGAUCCUCCAAAUGGGAAUCAAGACCACCGUCAUUGGCGGUCGUCCCCAGGCUGGCAUCAUGCAGUCCAUCGCCGGUGUUGAAGGCGCCCAGGUCUUCGCCUUCAACGACAUGACCACCGACGCCAAGGCCAUCAUCGCCCUCACCCCCAAGGACAAGAAGGAGGAGAUCAUGAACGGAGAGCUCGGCGAGCUGGCAAAGGGCUACGCCAUUAAACGCGCGACAACACCCAAGAGUGCCGGCGCCAUCAACGCUAAGAACGCCUACAGUAUGUCCGAUGCUCGGACGCCGCUGCAGUUCCUCUGGGAGCCGGCCAACUGCCGCAUCUUCUACAGCCGCGAGAUGCUCUUCAAGCCCGAGAACGCGUGGAAGCGCGUUGUCGAUGCUACUUGGAGCAAUCCCACGCAGUUCUGCGUUGCCGGAUCCCAGGUGCCUGUCACGAAGAACGCUACGAUGGAUCCUCUGUUCAGACAGAGCCAGAAUAACACCGGUUUGCCUGGUGCUGGCAAGAGUGCGGCUUCUGAGGGUAUCUCUGGCGCUGGACUGAGACUCGCGGUUCUGAUCGCGACGUUUACGGUGGCGAUUCUGGCCUUGUAGAGUUCUUGACGUUUUCUUCCUGACUUCAUCGAAAAGACUGAAGGCAACUCGAAUGGCCUAAGAGAUUUGAUAACAGACCCCAAGGGCCGUUUCAAUAGCUGAACCCUACACUCUCGGUUCUAUGACACGUCCAUAACAGAUUGGGGAGCCAUUGUCUAGGACCAUAUCAGCGGGAACAUCCGACAGGUAUUCAUGACCGCAUGUUCGGCACCAGAAUCCCUGAAUUGUCAUAGAGUUGAGACGAAGAGGGGGAAGAUAGAGCCCGAUUGAACAAGCGCUGGGCUUUUCUGCUUCUGGAAAUGAUUUGGUAAAGUCUAUUUGGAGUUCAGUUGGGCGGCAGGCACAUGGAUGGGCCACAUAGACUCACAUCUUCCGUGAUGGAUGAUGGCAUUGGGGUUGUUACACAAAACGGAAAUUCUUCUUUUUCGGGUCAACAGCUGUCCCAUCCUGAUUCCGUGUGUGAACAGCCGUUACAGUUCAACGUCGAAUACUUAGUCAC